AUGACGUCUACUAUAAGAAAUGCAACGGCUCCUGCACCCGCACCCGCACCCGCACCCGCCUCUACAAACACAACAACCCCUCCCCCCACAGCCGACGACCCCGUAAUAGCUUCCUACGAUAUCUACAUAACCGAUUCUCAAAUACGGCGCUUCCUCCUCCAAUACCCAGACCGCCAGGCCACACAGCCCUACAACGCCGCAACGCACCAGAAACCUACAGAGCUCCGUCUGAAACCGCGUACGGGCCUCGUGGAAGUCGACAUACCGAUCAACACGCAUGUCAACUACGAUGAGAAGAAGGGGCGUAGAUACGGCAAUGCGCUGAGGAGGAGUAGGGUCAUUGCUGAAGGGGGCACGAUGGGGAUGGCGGGUGGGUUUAAUCCCGGGGCGAGGGCUAAGGGGUUGACUGUUGGUACUGGUACUGGUGCUGGUGCUGGCGUUGUGGGUGUUGAGGAUGAGGAGGAUGAGAUUACGACGGGAAAGAGGGAGGAGACAGCAGAUUUUUUGCGGGGGAUGAGGAGGAUAUGCUGGGAUUAUGAAGAUGAGAAGGCGGGAGUCAUCAUGACCACACAGACGCUCGAGGGGAAGAUUAAAGGAGCCUGUUUGAUGGGGACCCGGUUUAUAAUGUUGGGGGGCUUUUAG